GUGCGCUCCUCCCUGCUGCCGUCGCCAGGCAGGGGGAGGAGCAGGGAGCGCGGCGGCCGGCUGCUGGCAGCCAGCUGCUACCUGCGCUGGGGGGAGGGCGUGGCAGAUCCCCUGGCUUCCCAGCCCCGUAACCUCCUGCCCUGGGCGCUGGAGUUGGGCGGCGGCGGCGGCUGCUCAGCCAGGGACCGUCGGGAGCAGGCUCCACCGCCGCCUCCGCUGGAGCUUCUUCCCCCAGCUGCACCAUGGGCACCCCGGGCUCCUCCGCCGUCGAGCACAGCUACAUCCGCACCGUCCUGGGCCACCAGACCAUGCAGGAGCUGGACAGUUCCACCCUGGCUUUGCCCUCCGAGGCCAGGCUGAAGCUCGUGGGCAACCGCGCCGGGGAGGAGAAAAGUCUCCGCAUCCAGCAGCAGGUCCAGCAAACGCUGGCCAGGAAAAGUAGAGGCUCCCUGUCAAAUGGAGGUCUCCAUCGGGCCACCAGUGUUCCAGAACAUGUUUAUAACCAGGACACCGUUGAUAAUUCUUUUGUUUCAAGACUUGCACAUGGAGUCACACAUUAUCCCUCUCUCCAGGUGAGCUUACCAAUCACUUACAGAAAUGGCUGGGGGAAUACAGCCACACAAUAUAAUUCAUACAAGACCAUGGAAGAAAGGUACCAAAGGCAGCCUCUGAAGAGAUUAGAAGUUUCUCCUCAGAAAGGUCCUGAGAAGCUGGCAUAUGUAUACAAUGAUUUCCGCUACAACAGGGGAAACCAAGUUGGAUUCACUCCAAGGCAUGGUGAUAGCAGGAGAUCCAAUGUUAUUGUCCCACCAAGAUAUGCUCGCUCUGAGAUUGUUGGUCAUGGUAAUCAUGAUUCUGCAAUCAGAGAGCACAUUUAUCAAACCCAGUUCCAUAGAGGAAGUUUUAAUGACACAGUCUUUGACAGUGCCCCCACCAGCCCAAAUAUAUCUAUAUACCCACAAGCUGGAUUCAGUCGCAGUAUGACCAACCUCUUAGAGAAGGAGAACUACCUGACUACAGGUAGUGCUGUGGGACAAGUCAGAGCACCCGUUGCUUACCAACCUGGAUUUCAGAACAGGCAGUCUCUGAAGUCCAGCUGGCAACAAAGUACCUUCAGAAGCACGCCGUCCGUGAGGGAAACUCCCCAGCCAGCUGCAGGGACCAGUGCUACUGCCGAAACAGGUGGGAAGAGGAUGGCAAUGACUGCAGCUCUGGCGGCAGCAUCAUCAGAAAAUGUUCUCUUACACACUGGGAAAGCAGUCUCCAGUGGAUCUCAGCUAGGGAGUCCAGAAGGGGAGAUGACUCUGGAGCUUGCAGUGAACACUCUGGACACUGAAAAGACAUCCUCGUUACCCAAGAUCCUUGCUGCAGUUAAUUUUAUACAGCAUGAGUGCUUCCAGAAAGCAGAAGCCAGAAGGAAAGUUUAUUUACUUGGUGGCAUUCCCAAGCUUCUACAGCUUCUGAAAACGCAGAAUGAGGAUGUUCAGCGUGUGGCAUGCGGAGCUUUGAGGAACUUGGUAUAUGAGGACAAUGACAACAAACUAGAAGUGUCUGAGCAGAACGGGAUCCCAGUCCUGCUCCAUGUACUCAGACAAACCAAGGAUGUGGAAACUAAAAAGCAGAUAACAGGUUUGCUGUGGAACUUGUCCUCCAAUGACCAGCUGAAGACCCUGCUGAUCAGAGACACCCUGGAGCCACUGACAGAGACCAUUCUUAUCCCCUACUCUGGUUGGCCAGAUAGAGAUUACCCAAAAUCGACUAUUGUAUCUGACCCUGAUGUCUUCUACAAUGCCACAGGAUGCCUGAGAAACUUGAGUUCUGCUGGCCCAGAAGGAAGGAAAAAGAUGAGAGAAUGUGAUGGAUUGAUUGAUUCUCUUGUGUAUUACAUCCAAGGAACCGCUGCAGACUACAAGCCUGAUGACAAGGCCACAGAGAACUGCGUGUGCAUUCUUCACAACCUUUCCUACCAGCUAGAGUCAGAGCUGCCUAGCAGUUAUGCCCAGAACAUCUAUAUACAAAGAAAAGAUACUCCUACCAAUGAUAAAAUCUUGGGGUGCUUUGGAACACGCAGCAGGAAAGCAAAAGUGAGGCAACAAGAUACUCUGCUGCCCGAGGAAAAGAGCAGUCCCAAAGGUGUAGAAUCACUCUGGCAUUCCACACUUAUUAGGAUCUAUAUCUCCUUAAUAGCAAAAAGUACAAGAGACUACACUCAAGAAGCAUCUUUGGGAGCUCUCCAGAACCUCACAGCAGGCAGUGGACCAAUGCCAUUUUCAGCCGCUCAUACUGUUGUCCAGAAGACAAAUGGCCUUCAGAGUAUUCGAUACAUGCUGCAUGUAAGCAAUCCAAGUACAAGGAGUACCGCUGUCUCAUUGCUCAGGAACUUAUCUCGUAAUGCCUCUCUGCAGAGUGAAAUAGCCAGAAACGUCUUACCAGAUUUGGUCUCCGUACUUCCUGACUCUGUCCAAGGGUCAGAUGUUACCAAUGAGACCAUAGCUUCUGUCUGCUACACCUUGUACAACUUGACCCAGAACAGCUCCCAGAAUGCACGGCUUCUCCUAAGUACAGAUGGCCUACCAAAAAUAAUGAACAUCAGCAUGAGUGACAGUAAUAUGCUCAGCAAUGCCAGCAAAGCUGCCUCAGUCCUCUUGUACUCCUUGUGGUCACAUACUGAUCUCCACAGUGCCUACAAAAAGGCUCAAUUUAAGAAGACAGAUUUCAUCAAUAACCGGACAACGAGAGCAUACAACUCACUCAAAGACUAAGGCAGGCUACAAAUAUAUAGAGACUGUGUGUGGUUUUGUAUAAUUAUCUACUCAUAUCAGCCUGGCCACCAUGAACUGUCAAGUACAUCUUUUGAAAUAAUGUCCUGUUAUUUCUCUUCCUUUCUGUGUUUAGAGGGUAUUUUGGCUGGACCUGAGAGAAACACCACCAGCCAUGCUCAGGUCUGUCCCUGGUCUUUCUUCCCCCUUCUCUGUGCACACAACCAGCCGCCUGCUGCUUGCAGUCUGUUCAUUUUCAGCACUGCUGCAACUGUUACCAGUAAACAGUCCCCAGCCGGGGCUGGUGCAACAUCAGCAACCUGAUAAAGUGCUGUCAAGUAUCUGACAAAACAGAGACUGAUUUUGUAUGACAGCUGAUGCUGUCUUCUGCCUUUACCCUGUAUCACACUGUUCUCAGUGUAUUUCAAAAUAUCAAUCAUCGAAGAUGAUGGUGUUAGGGAUUCUUAGUGCAAAUUUUUUUAAGCUUACUAUACUAGUCAGUGUUUCAAACAAUAGGUGUACAGAGAGGUUUGAAAUUCUGACCUGCAACAAUUUCUUUAUAGGCUACUUUUUAAAGAUGGAAUUCUCCAGGAAAUAAAUUUCAGGCGUGCUGCUCAGGGAAUAAUAACUCUUUGUUAGCUGCAAUUGUAGUCUUCCUUUCAUCAUGCAUGCAUACCACUAAACAUUUAUCUCCACACCAUGUGAAAUGGAACAGAAUAUACAAAAAGUUGUUUUAUCAUGUGCAUUUUUAAAAGCACCCAGAGAGUUAGAAGGUUUUUUUUUUUUUGAAGGGAGUGUUUGUCUUUUUAUUUUUUUUGUUUUUCUAUUUCUUGUAUUCAUGUGCUCAAUGGCUCACCAGUCUCUUUUGCUUUGAGGUCUCAGCAGCAACAGCAAAAUUGACAAGCAGUAAUACAGCUUCAGCUCACUUUCCUCCCCACUUCCCUUUCACUGCUGGCAGAAUUUUUGGCUGUAUCCCAGAAGGAGUUUUAAAAAGUGCCAGCAAGUUACUCCGGGGGGAAUUCUGUGCCACUGCGCAAUGCAGAUUUUUGCAGAAAUCAAUGUUGUGUGCGCAGAAUUUCCUUUUUUUCCCCACAAAAAAGGACUGCAAAGAUGUUGGCUGCCACUAGGGGCCACUGGACCCAUCAGAGCCCAGCUCAAAAAAUAGAAAACAAGGCCCGGGGGAGGGAACUGGAGGGUUCCCAGCAGCUGCAGUUCCCAGCAUGCCCUGAAGGAAGGAGGUGGUAGCAUGCAGGAAACUUCCGUGCAAGCCUGGGACCCAACAUCAGGCUGUUUCUCCCUCUGGAUCUCUGGGCUCUAGGAGAGUAGCAGAUGUGAGUGUCUAAGCCAGGGAGGGCCCCCUGGCUGGGCUCUGGGGGGAAAGGGGUGUGAAUGUCUGGCCCCCCGGCUGGGCUUUGGGAAGGGAGAAACAGGAACUGGGUUGUCGUAGGGGUUUCUCUACCCCUGGGGGAAUUUUGUGUGUGUAUUGGUACAGACAUACUUGCUGGUAUUUUGAAAUAAAGUACCAAAAUAAUUGAAACUAACAUGAUUAUAUAGUGUUAUUUUGACAAAUAAAAUUUGCAGAAUUUUAAAA